UUACAGGCACAGCUAAACUAUCAGUGUAUGGGUUUAGAUGCUACAGAGCCAAUCAGAGUGCGUUAUCUGUCCUUAUGCUCUGCUCCUAUCAUGUAAACAGGAACUCAUAUGGAUAUGGACAUGUACACACCUUGUUUUCCUGUUCGUGUACACAGGCGGUGGACGCAUGCGCAUUACGACAACUAGCACCCCGAACGCAAAACGUCGGCAAAAUAGUCCCAAUCGUUUGUGCCGUAAAAGUGUUCGUGUGCUGCUUCGGUUUUGGAGAUAUUAAAAGAAUAUUUAUAGGUCAUUCUGAGGUCACUCAGCCCCCCACAUGCUCCAAAUUCACCCUAAAUAGAAUCAAUCGUUUGUGCUGCUUCCGUUUUUAAAAUAUUUGACGUUGAUUUAUGGUGCGAUGACGUCACCAAACCAGGACUAAAUAUUUGUGCGCGUGCGUGUGUGUGCGUGCGUGCACGAGAGAGAGAGAUUUGUCUGGAAACAUCCAUAUUUAUGUGUCAGUGUUAUAGUACAAGCAAUAAUCAGUUUCUGGAUAGUAGGAGAUGAGAAAAUUAAAUAACUCGUAAGUCUGCCUUUAUAAACAUAUUAGAAAGAGGAGGUUUACAUGAUCCAUCAGUCAUAAAUGGAAGUAAUGCAUCUACAUAAUGCACUUUUCAGCCUGGAUUUGCGAAUAUUCUGGAAUGUGUUCUGUGAUUGUGACGUCAUAGAAGAAGCUUCUGUCAAAGAUUAGGAACAGAAACGCAGCGUUUCAGUGUUUACUUGAACUUUCUAAUCGACAUGCUGUGUAAUUGAGUUCAGUGCAACAAUGCGACAUUUUGUGAGUUUAGAGCUCUCUCGGGUGGCAGAACUUCCACUGCGCCCCCUGCUGUAUGCGGCCGCAGCUGCAGCUACGGCCGCGGGAGUUUAUUAUUAUCUCAAUAAUCAUGGCGAUGGCGAGAGGACAACGCUGGACCCCGCAGACACAACUCCCACCGAAGACCCAGUGCAGAUGGGCUCUGCAGAGUCUGAUUUGGUGGAGCCAGACUUGAUGUGUGAUGUGGAUGAAGGCAGUGUGACACAGACUGACAGCACUGCCUCACAGACUGACAGCACUGCCUCACAGACUGACAGCAGUGCCUCACAGACUGACAGCAGUGCCUCACAGACUGACAGCACUGCCUCACAGACUGACAGCACUGCCUCACAGACUGACAGCACUGCCUCACAGACUGACAGCACUGCCUCUGAGGUAUCUUUGUCUGAAGCUGAGGAGAAAUAUGAGCUGGAGUCUUGUGCUCGGCUGGAAAACGAGAAGCCCGAACUGCUGUCUGAUGUGAAUGCACUGCAAGACUCAGUGCAGGAAUUGAAGAAAGAGCUCUCUGAAGCCCGGAAAAGGAAUGAUGAGCUAGAAAUGGAGUGUAAUAAAAAAAGUCAGGAGUUGCAGUUGCUGCAGAUCCAGCACAAUGCGAUUAAGACACAUUUACGAAAGGAGUGUGAAGAAGAGCGGCGGGCUCACAGCGAUCUGAAGUCCCAGUACAAUCAGUCGAUGAAAACUUUAACACAGACAGAGGUCUGUCUGGCUGAAGUUGAGGAAAAGAAUGUUUGUGAAAGGUACUCAAAUGAUGAAAUUGUAGAUCACAUGCUUGAACUGCGAGGAAAAAUCUACCAUGACCAUAAGCGUGAACAAAUGAGGCUGGAAUCUGAGCGAGAGAUCUUGCAGUCACAGUACAAAGAGAUAUUCCAACAGUGUGAUGAGUUACUAAUGGACUGUAGGCGAGAACGGGAGGCUCACAAUAUCCUCAAGUCACAGUAUGAUCAUCUGCAGUGUUGGGAAUCUGAGCGAGAGAUUUUGCAGUCACAGUACAAAGAGAUAUUACAACAGUGUGAUGAGUUACUAAUGGAGUGUGUGCGAGAACGGGAGGCUCACAAUAUCCUGAAGUCACAGUACGAUAAUGUGAUAGAAACGUUAACACACAACGAGGAGUUGUUAAAGUACUUCCAGAUCUCCUUGGAUGAAGCUGAGGAAAUAUACUGGCCUGCAAUGGAGUUCAGUACUCAGCUGGAGUCUGACCUCAGUCCAGCAGUAGGAGGAAGAGCUCUGGGAGACACACAAAGUGUGACGAGAUAACAACAGAGCAGAAGCAAGAAUGGGAAGAGCACAGUAUUCUGAAGUUGCAGCACAGAGAGAUGAUGGAAACUUGACUUGUUUUCAUGAAUGCCGGGGAAGAUUCCCCAAUCGACCACCAGAGCUCUCACUCGCCUGAGUUUUAACACUGGACCACAUUACCCAAGAGCCCACUGGACUACGUUACCCAAGAGCCCACUGGACCACAUUACUCAAGAGCCCACUGGACCACAUUACCCAAGAGCCCACUGGACCACAUUACCCAAGAGCCCACUGGACCACAUUACCCAAGAGCCCACUGGACCACAUUACUCAAGAGCCCGCAUGCGUGUAUUAAUUAAAGCACACCUGUUCCUCAUCACUCAGAUUAUCUAACCCUGUGUGUUUGUCUUGGCAGCGUUUCUAAGCGUUGUGAUUUCCUAUGUCAGUGUGAAUGGGUGAAUGAGAAACAGUGUGAAUGGGUGAAUGAGAAACAGUGUGAAUGGGUGAAUGAGAAACAGUGUGAAUGGGUGAAUGAGAAACAGUGUGAAUGGGUGAAUGAGAAACAGUGUGAAUGGGUGAAUGAGAAACAGUGUGAAUGGGUGAAUGAGAAACAGUGUGAAUGGGUGAAUGAGAAACAGUGUGAAUGGGUGAAUGAGAAACUGGGUGAAUGGGUGAAUGAGAAACAGUGUGAAUGGGUGAAUGAGAAACAGUGUGAAUGGGUGAAUGAGAAACAGUGUGAAGUGCUUUGUAGAACCACUAAGGUUAAAUAUAUAUAUUUACCUAUAGGGGAAUUUACAGUUAAAGACCCAGAUGCGACCAGAUACGAUCAAUGAAAACCAGGAGUCCAGAUGCAAUCAAUUGAAGAAAUUUUUACUGAAGAAUAGUUUACAGUCUCGUUAGAAGCAACACUCAGCAAGGAGUUCGUAGGCUGUCCUGCGUUCACACUCAUUACAGCAACAAUUAUACUCUCACACAAUCACUAAGCUAGUCAUCACGUCAGGUUGAAUGAUUGAUUGGGUAAGGCACAGAAAAUUUCCACAUGUGGGCUGUGAGUCAGAAGAAGGUUCUCAUCAAUUAUCUGGAUGUCAGUCACAUCCUGGUUUAGGCACACCGUGAACCACUGAGGCCAUCAAUCUGAGUUUUUAGGCUCCAGUUGUCUCAUCAAAUGAUCAGUUCACCUCCAAACUUCCUGUGACAACAGGGUGCACACACACACACACCCCCAUAAACAGCUUCCUCAAGGUUGGAUUUGGUUGAGCUAUAGCUCUGAUAAGGAAGUUUUCCCAAAACAUACUGAUUAGAUAUAUUUUCUCUCAGUAAGAAGUUCAGACAAUAUUCAUCGUUAUUCUAUAGUGAUAGAAGAUGAAAAGUAAAGUAAAUGCUUUAACUAAGAGCAGUAAAUCU